AGGGAGGAGGGGAGGCGCUGACAGCGCCGUGCCGAGCCGGGCCCGCCGCCCUCAGCCCGCCAUGGCCGAGCCUGCGGCCUCUUCCAGCUCCGGCGCGUCGCUGCCGCUCAUUGAAUCAGAGCUUUACUUCCUCAUCGCCCGGUUCCUGAGCACCGGGCCCUGCAGGAGAGCGCUGAAGGUGCUGGUGCAGGAGCUGGAGCAGCACCAGUUGCUUCCCAAAAGGUUGGACUGGCAAGGAAAUGAGCAUUAUAGAAGUUAUGAAGAAUUGGUGCUGGCCAACAAACAUGUGGCUCCAGAUCAUUUAUUACAAAUUUGCAAACGCAUUGGCCCUAUCCUGGAUAAGGAGAUCCCACCCAGCAUUUCCAGAGUGAAUUCCUUACUUGGGGCAGGGAGACAGUCCUUGCUACGGACAGCAAAAGAUUGCAGGAACACUGUUUGGAAGGGCUCUGCAUUUGCUGCUCUGCAUCGAGGCAGACCACCAGAAAUGCCUGUGAACUAUGGCACCCCACCAAAUCUUGUGGAGGUGCAUCGAGCAAAGCAAUUAACUGGAUAUGCCAAGUUCAGCACUUCAUUCCCAGGAAGUAUGUACCAGCAUGUCAAGAUGCACAGGAGGAUCCUUGGCCAUCUCUCUUCUGUGUAUUGUGUUGCAUUUGACAGGACUGGACACAGAAUAUUUACUGGCUCAGAUGACUGUCUGGUGAAGAUCUGGUCCACUCACAAUGGCAGAUUGUUUGCCACCUUACGAGGACAUUCAGCAGAGAUCUCUGACAUGGCUGUGAACUAUGAGAACACCAUGAUUGCAGCUGGGAGCUGUGACAAGAUGAUCCGAGUGUGGUGCCUGAGGACUUGUGCACCAGUUGCUGUCCUCCAUGGGCACACAGGGUCCAUUACCUCAUUGCAGUUCAGUCCCAUGGUGAAAGGCUCCCUGCGAUACAUGGUCUCCACUGGGGCAGAUGGAACUGUUUGCUUUUGGCAGUGGGACACAGAUUCCAUGAAAUUCAACACCAAGCCAGUGAAGUUCACAGAGAAGCCCAGGCCAGGGGUUCAGAUGCUUUGUUCUUCCUUCAGUGUGGGUGGGAUGUUUUUAGCAACUGGCAGCACUGACCAUGUCAUCAGGAUGUAUUUUUUUGGCUCUGAAACACCUGAGAAAAUAGCUGAAUUGGAAAGUCAUGCUGAUAAAGUUGACAGCAUUCAGUUUUCUAAUGGUGGGGACAGGUUCAUAAGUGGCAGCAGAGAUGGAACAGCUCGGAUCUGGCGUUUCGAGCAAGCAGAGUGGAGGAACAUUUUGUUGGAUAUGUCUGAUCGACUGCUGGGUGACACUUGUGCAGAAGAAGACAAAUUCAUGAAGCCUAAAGUAACCAUGAUAGCUUGGAACCAAAAUGACAACUAUGUUGUUACAGCUGUGAAUAAUCACCUGCUCAAAGUUUGGAAUUCCAGUACAGGGCAGUUGCUCCAUGACUUGGUGGGCCAUGCAGAUGAAGUGUUUGUCUUGGAGACCCAUCCCUUUGAUUGCAGGAUAAUGCUGUCUGCAGGCCACGAUGGCAACAUCUUCAUCUGGGACAUCACCAAAGGCACCAAAACAAAGCAUUAUUUUAACAUGAUUGAAGGCCAGGGACACGGAGCUGUUUUUGACUGUAAAUUUUCACCAGAUGGGCAGCAUUUUGCAUGCACAGAUUCCCAUGGACAUCUGCUGAUAUUUGGCUUUGGCUGUAGCAGACCUUAUGAAAAGAUUCCUGAUCAGAUGUUCUUCCACACUGACUAUCGGCCGCUGAUCCGAGACUCCAAUAACUAUGUGUUGGAUGAGCAGACUCAGCAGGCCCCUCACCUCAUGCCCCCUCCCUUCUUAGUGGAUGUGGAUGGAAACCCUCAUCCAACAAAAUAUCAAAGAUUGGUGCCAGGAAGAGAGAACUGUGCAGAUGAGCAUUUGAUUCCUCAGCUUGGAUAUGUGGCAACAAGUGAUGGAGAAGUUGUUGAGCAGGUGAUUGGCCAGCAGACGGUUGAUCAGGAUGAGCCAGGCUUGGAGCCCAGCAUUCUGGAUGGGAUGAUCAGACAGCUACAGCUGGAACAGGAUCAGAGGACUGGAGCUGAUCAAGAAUCUGCUCCAAGUGGCCCCCAAAAUGGGGAGGGAACACCCAGGAGAGCUUUCAGAAGGCCGAGCUUGGACAUCCAGUCCCCGCCCAACAUCGGGCUGCGGCGCAGCGGGCAGGUGGAGGGCGUGCGGCAGAUGCACCAGAACGCCCCGCGCAGCCAGAUGGCCACCGAGAGGGACCUGCAGGCCUGGAGGCGCAGGGUGGUGGUGCCAGAGAUCCCCCCCAGCUUGCUCAGGAAGCAGGAAGAAUAUCGGAUUGCAAAAGGGGAAGAAGAGAGAGAUCUUUAUGCAACAGAGAAUAAAAAGUCACUUGAGUCACUGGAAAAGAGUGAUUCUGAGUCUUCAUUAAUUCAAUCAAAGCGUCGACUGCACAGACGGAAAUAUUCCAACUACAGAACACGGAAUAACAUUGAGCAGCUGGAGUCUUCUGAGGAGGAGAGGGACAAUUGCUUUGUGAUAGAGCAGGAAGCUGAAGAAAGUGAGGGCUCUGGUUCGUCUGAUGAAGAGGAAGAGUGGAGAAGUGACAAGAAAAGCAACAGCAAUAGUUCUAGUGACUCCUCGAGCAGAUAUUCCGACUGGAUCGCUGACACCGGGAUCAACCUGCAGCCGCCGCUGCGCACCUCGCGCAGGAAAGCGCUGCGCUACUGCAGCACCUCCGAGGACGAGGUGUCAGCUGAGAAAUCCUCUCCUCCCAAGAGGAGAAGGAGGAAAAGGAGGAAAAAACCCAAACCAAAAAAGCAGGAGGAGACUGAUGCUGCAGCACAACCACUGAAUGUGGAGCUGUCCUAUGACUGGCACCCUCCAGUGUGGAUCACAGACACGGCUCUCCGAAGGUCCCCGUUUGUCCCUCAGAUGGGGGAUGAGGUGAUAUAUUUCCGACAAGGGCACGAGGCUUACAUUGAAGCAGUGAGAAGAAAUAACAUUUAUGAAUUGAAUCCACACAAGGAGCCUUGGAGAAAAGUGGUGCUUAGGGAUCAGGAAUUGGUAAAAAUUGUUGGAAUUAGAUACGAAGUUGGUCCUCCCACGUUGUGUUGCCUCAAACUUGCCUUUAUAGAUCACGCCACUGGGAAACAUACAGACAAAUCAUUUUCCAUCAGAUACCAUGACAUGCCAGAUGUUAUCGAUUUCCUUAUCUUACGUCAGUUCUAUGACGAAGCCCGGCAGAGGAACUGGCAGGCCUCUGACAGGUUCCGCUCCAUUAUUGACGAUGCCUGGUGGUUUGGGACAGUGCUGGGUCAGGAACCUUAUCAGCCUCAGUAUCCAGACAGUCACUUCCAGUGUUACAGUGUCAAAUGGGACAAUGGUGAAAUUGAAAAGCUGAGCCCGUGGGACAUGGAACCAGUCCCUGAUAAUGUUGAUCAGCCUGAAGAAUUAGGAGCAAGUGUGUCUGUGACUCUGGAAGAGGUGGAGAAGCUCCUGUACAAACCCCAGGAGGGGGAGUGGGGGAUGAAGUCCCGUGAUGAGGCCUGUGAACGGAUCAUCCGUGGGAUUGAUCAGCUCAUGACUCUUGACAUCUCAGCAGCUUUUGCUGGCCCAGUGGACCUGUGCACGUACCCCAAGUACUGCACGGUGAUCGCCUACCCCACGGACCUCAACACCAUCCGCACCCGCCUGGCCAACAGGUUCUACAGGAGAAUUUCAGCAUUGGUUUGGGAAGUCAGAUACAUUGAAAGCAAUGCCAGAACCUUCAAUGAGCCUGGGAGUGCUAUUGCCAGAGCUGCAAAAAAAAUCACCACCCAGCUCCUAAAGUUCAUCAAUGACCAGGACUGUACAAAUAUUUUUGAAUUAUGUAGUACAACAGAUGAUGAACAAGAUUGUCAUGAUGCUGAUCUGGAUGAUGAAAAAUGUGUUCCUAGAACAUCAUACAGAAGAAGAAAAGGACGAGGCUUAAAAAAAGGGAAAAACCUGAAAAGUGGCUAUGAUGAAAACUGUUGGAAGAAGCAGUGCAUGGAACUGGUGAAUUUAAUUUUCCAGUGUGAGGAUUCUGAACCUUUCAGGCAGCCAGUUGAUUUGGAUCAAUAUCCUGAUUACAGACAUAUUAUAGACACUCCAAUGGAUUUUGGUACAGUGAAGGAAACUCUGGAAGCUGGGAAUUAUGACACUCCAAUGGAGCUGUGCAAAGAUAUCAGACUGAUAUUCAGUAAUGCAAAAUCUUAUACUCCAAAUAAAAAAUCAAAGAUUUACAGUAUGACCUUGAGAUUGUCAGCACUGUUUGAAGAGAAAAUCCGAAGAAUUGUUUCAGAUUUCAAAAAUGGGCAGAAACAGAAUGAAAAGCUACGGAGAAACCAGAGGUACACGAGAAGAUUUAAUAAUCAAAGCUCAGUGCAGCAGCCCACCAAAAUGCUCAGAAAUCUGAAGCAGAAACCACUAAAGUCUCAGGCCAAACUUGAAUCUGAGCAGGAAGAUGCUUUUCCUCAGCCUACCUCAAGCAGAGCCGCCUGUGUCACAAGCCAUAAACCCAGCACUGGCUCCUACAACCAGAGUUCCUCGGGAGAAUCCUCAGAUUCUGCCUGCCUGGCAUCCUUUGAGAGGAAUGGGAAGGCCAGAUCCACACCACUGACCAAUUGUUCUGCUUUAUCAUCAGAGAGUGAAAUAGAAGGUUCUGGGGUUUCUUCAUCUACUUCCUCUUCAUCUUCAUCCUCCUCAAGCAGCUCAGAAGACAGCAAAGGCUGUUCUGGGGCUCCUGUGUCCUCCUCUCCCCUGCACAAUGGGGUGUGCAGGAGGAAAAGCAGUCGUAGGCUGACUCGGAACCGAGCUGCUCAGAGGAAACAGACAGGAACUCUUCUUCAGGAGAACGGCAAUACAAGGAAAACGGUCAGGAAGAAGUUAUAUGGAAGCGACUCUGAAAAUACUUCAGCAGUGACAUCCGAGUCCCUCAGCAACAGCAAGGGCAGGCACAGGAAAACCCCACGCAGGAGUGCUGCUGUGGCUGCCAACAAGCUGAGGCUGAUGAGCGACGUGGAGGAAGAGGUGUCGAGCUCGGAGAGCAUCGGGAUCUGCAGGAACAGGAAGCUGCCGCACCGCAACGCCUCGGCCGCCGCCAGGAGAAUGCUGCUGGAGGGGUCCGAGGAUGAGGCUGGCCUGAAGUCUGAGAGUGACAAGGAAAUAGAGGAGCAGCUCACCAAGAGGAAAACUCUUUCUCAAACUGGCUGCUCUGCUCCACGAAGGAAGUUUGUCAGCGAAUCUGAGAAUGGAAGCUCGGAUUCUGAGCCCGACACGCAGAGCAAGCAGAAGAGCUGGCAGAGCAACGGGCACAAACAGUUCCGGGGCCCUGCCUGCUCUGUGUCUCCCAAAGGGCAAAGUCCCACCUUAGACUUAUCAGAAGAGGACUCCAAAAGCCAUAAUUCUGAGGAUGGGAGCAGCCAAAAGGUUUCUGACCAGUCAACACCUGCACAUCACAAGCCUGCAGUGAGCAACUCUGAGGAUGAGGCGGACUCUGGGUCAGACAGGUGGAAUGGCAGGAAAGCCUCUGGGCUGCAGCUGUCUCCUCCUUUAAAAAAAGCAAAAGUCUUGAGUGAUUUAGAGGACACAGCAGAAUCUGAAGCAGAAGCCACAGAGGAGAAGAAGAAUUUUGUAUGGGAGAGCUUGGUGCCCACUAGGAUUGUGAGGAGUCCCAAAUCUGGAGCUGCCUCCAGCUUCCAUCGCUCUUCUGAUUCGGACUCGGAGAGCGAUUCCAAUAACAGCAAUUACUGUGAAACUUCUGCAAAAGCAAAGAUGAGGAAGAGGAAAGGAAAAACAAAAAUAGUUAGAAAAGAGCAAACAUCAGAGGAGCCCAGCCAAAGUGGCAAAGUGCUGCGGAGCAGGACGUGCAUCAUCAACUACAAGAAACACAUCAGGGUGUCCAGCGUGGGGGAGAAGAAGAACCCCCGCAGGUGUGCCACGCUGGCAGCCAGCAAGAUCAAGAUCAUGAGCAAAGCCAAGGAGGAAUUAUCCAGCUCAGAAAGUGUUUACCCAGUCAGGAAGAACCGCAAGCAGCUCCAGGGCAGCGUGUCCUCAGCCUGCAGGAAGAAGCUGUUUAACAGCUCGGAGGUGGAGGCUUGUUCCAAGUCUGAAAAUGAGAGUGAGCAGGUCUCUGGCAGGAAAAAACCUUCCUGCCCUGAGCCUUCUGUUUCUAAAAGGAAAUAUAUUAUUGAGUCUGAGAAUGAGAGGACUGACUCGGAGACAGAAACUCGGAAGCAGAGUGAUGACCACACGCAGCCACACAAACCCCUCUGUGCUGCAGCUCUGAAUAAUUUUGACUAUAACUCCUCAGAGGAGAAUUCCACAAACCACAGGGUAGAAAAUGGGGGAAACUGGGGAAUUUCUAGGCAGGCAGCUUCAGCCGACAACCAUUGUACGAGUAACUCUGAAGAGGAGGUUGAUUCUGACUUAGCUAAACUUGAAACUAAAAAUACCAGAGUAGCAGCAAAUAAAAAACCCAGAGCUUCUUUCAAGAGAUUAAAACGGGUGGAUGACUUCAAGGAAACAACAGAAUCUGAAAAGGGGGGGAAACAAGAGGAGAAAAGCUCUGUCUCCGAGGAUGUGGAGGCACCUGGGACUGCAGGAAGAUCCAAAGCCAACUUCACCUGUUUCUCCUCGGACUCUGGAACCGACACCACCGUCUGCAGCGACGCCACGGAAAGCAGGAAGCGCAAGAGGAAAUCCAAACCCGGCAGGAAAGAAAGCCUCAGCCAGGACUCCCUGAGGCCUUGCAGGAGGCCGCAGCGCAGGAAACGGCGGAAAGGCAGCCAGGAGCAGGACUCGGAGGAGGUGGAGUUCGGCGCGUGCCGGCGGGCGCCGCGGCGCUCCAAGAUCCGCACGCGCAACGGCGGCCGGCGCACCGUGCGCUACAACGACGGCGACGACGACGACAGAGCCCUCGAGGAUGCCGCCUGCGAAACGUAACCUUAACAAAAGGAUAGCCAGCCCAUCUCUGGUUUUU